GCUUUUUAUUUCAGGCGCAGCUCAGCUUAAACCGGUUUUGGGUUGAGGUUUGUUCGAUCAGCUAUUGGGCAAAACAAUCAUUAAAAGUACAUUUAGCUCGCUUUUCUUACUAGCUACAGACUAGUGACGCGAACAUGAGCGACACCGAGAAAGAAUUCAGAGAGAAGGUUGAGGUUGGAAGAAAAGAAAAAGGCGGAAGACGUUUCAGAUGCAAAGUUGUUAUUGUUUGAAGCCGAUGAUGCUGUUGAUGCAUGCUAAUGUAUUGAAGCGGAAAAAGAAGAUCUGCCCCUCGACUAGUGUUGUAAUGGCAGAUGCUAAAUUGGGGAAGAGGAUCAAAAAAAGAAGUCAUAAGAAUGUCAAAGAGAAGAAAGAAGAAAUGAAGGGUUGUUUUGAAGUAAUGAAGUAAAAGAAGUAAUGAAGUUAUGAUCAGAAGUUUGGCCGGGAGUCACAGCCUGGCUCGGGGAGUUCCUCCCCUCGACGUUCUGUGAAAUCGGCCAGCCGCUCCCCGGCACGUUCCAAAGAAGGUUCCCGCCAUUCCAGGUCGAGGUCUCGUUCGCAAUCCAGGUCCAAAUCCAAGUCUAGGUCACGUUCCCACCGAAGCUCCCGCAGGAACUACUCUCGCUCCCGUUCCCGCUCUCACCGUCGUCGCACCAGAAGUCGCUCUGGCAGUGGUGACUCCCGCCGUCGAAGGAGUCACAGCCGCUCUCCCAUGUCGAACCGCCGCCGACACAUCGGCAACAGGGCCAACCCAGACCCCAACACAUGUCUGGGUGUGUUUGGCCUGAGUCUGUACACCACUGAGAGGGAUCUGAGGGAGGUGUUCUCCAAGUACGGCCCCCUGGCCGAUGUCAACAUCGUGUAUGACCAGCAGUCUCGCCGCUCCAGGGGCUUUGCUUUUGUCUACUUUGAGAACUACGAGGACUCCAAAGAGGCCAAGGAGCAUGCUAAUGGGAUGGAGCUGGACGGACGCCGGAUUCGGGUGGAUUUCUCCAUUACCAAACGAGCGCACACCCCUACUCCUGGCAUCUACAUGGGAAGACCCACAUAUGGUGGUGGCGGGAGCUCAUCACGGCGCAUGUCAAGGGAUUAUGACAGAGGAUAUGACCGAGGCUAUGACCGAGGUUACGAUCGGGACUAUGAUCGCUACGACGACCGAGAGUACAGAUCAUACAGACGAAGAUCACCAUCACCUUACUACAGCAGAGGGUACCGCUCUCGAUCCAGGUCACGGUCCUACUCCCCACGUCACUACUGAGCAGUGAGUCAUCUGUUUUAUAUUUGUUUCGUCCACAUAAUGGCAAACUCGCACUCGAGAACAGACCUCCUUCGAUGUCUCCAUCCCACCAAAACUUGAUUAGUGGUGGAAAAAAUUACCCAAGUUGUAGAAGUGCAAGAGAAUACAAACAAAUUUUUUUUGUUGUUGUUUUUUUGUUCACUGUUCCGAGCCCCAAAAUUUCAACUUGCUUUGCUGUGAAACCUGAAUGGGAAGUUGAAUCAAAAGACAAUGUAAUGUGUUUAUGCCGUUUUAAAAUCAUGGAUUUUUCUAGUGUGAAAUUGGCUUUGAAGUCUGGAUGUUUUUUUAUAUAUAAGAAAGUUUGUCUGACAUUUUCAGCUUCAUGUAGUGGUUUGUAUGCGGCUGCAUUUCUUAUUUUGGUCUUCCUGUUGACACCAAUUUUUUUGUCUGAUUUAUGUUCUCAAAUUACUCAUUUAGUGUUGCAGCUAUUGUACCAUGAAGUCUCUCUUGUUAGAAAAUAAACAUGUUUUUUCUUUACAACUCAAAAACAUGGUUGAGGUUUAUGGAAUAAAUUCUGAAUAAAGGUGUUAAAUGUGGAGGUCUUUUGUUCUGUUUUUUUCACAGGGUUAUCAGUGUUUAGGAAUAAAAAGUAAAACGUAUACAAUUGCUCGCAACCCUUCUGCAGUUUAGUCAUAUGAGAUGGCUGCACUUGAUCUGAUUUUGUAUGUCAUAUAUUUUGUCUGAUUUCCCAAUAAAAGCUGAA